UCCUGCAUCACGACCAGCUAGCCAUCUAUCCGCCGUCUAACGAUACUUAUUCCAACACGCAUCGCAAUUAGCUACUGAGGGAGCCUCCUCUUGCAGUGAAAUCGGACGAGUGAGGGCAAGUAGACGGCUGUCGAAGUUAUACAAAGUUUCCCGCGAGGGGCGCAAUCCCCUCCCACCACCACCGCCCGCCCGCGAACUCGCCCGCGAAUUUGCCCGCCAUGGCGCAACAAUCCCCUCAGUCGCAGCCUUCGCUGCCGUCGUUACCUGCACAUCUCCAGUCCGACACCCACAUCACGGCUCACCUGGCCUCACGAUUCCACCUGGCGUUGCCAACAGCCACUCUCGGAUCUCAGGCAAUCGUCUCGUUGAACACCUUUUCGAACCCCCAUGUCGUCGGCGUGGACCUCGAGAAUAUGGCCACGCGGAUGUGGAAGCGUAUGGGCGGUAGGGGGGAGAAUCAGGUUGCUGUGUUUUUGGGAGAGUCGGGAUCUGGAAAGACGACGCUCCGCUCGCAGCUGCUCUCGUCGUUGUUGGGCUUCACUUCGACGCCGCUCUCGCACAAGGUCUCGCUCCUGGCGUACCUCUUCGACGCGCUGACAACGACAAAAUCCCUGACGACGGCCACGGCCUCCAAAGCCGGCUUGUUCCUCGAGCUACAAUAUGAAAACAUCUCUCAGACUUUGAUUGGUGCGAAGCUGCUCGAUCACCGCCUCGAAAGAUCGCGGAUCACCAGCAUUCCGACCGGAGAAAGGAACUUUCACGUUCUCUACUAUCUCCUGGCGGGAACUUCGGACGCAGAGAAAGAGCAUUUGGGCCUCAAAAACGCAACCACUGCCGCCCACAGGCACAGUGGUGACCUGAGCGGCAAGUCGGCCCAGAAGCGUUGGAAAUACCUUGGACAUCCGACACAGCUGAAGGUCGGCAUCAACGACACCGAGGGGUUCCAGCACUUCAAGACGGCUCUAAGAAAGUUAGAAUUUCCACGCCAGGAAAUCGCCGAGAUAUGCCAGCUCCUUGCGUGCGUGCUGCACCUCGGUCAGCUCGAAUUCGCUAAUGGCCACGCUACCACGGCUGGCGGCGAGGAAUCCGGUGCAAUGGAAGGAGGUGACCAGGUGGUGGUUGUGCGCAACAAGGAAGUGCUCGGAGUGAUCGCCGCGUUCUUGGGAGUCCCUCAGGAUGCGUUGGAGACUAGUCUGGGAUACCGAACCAAAACGCUCCACCGUGAAAGGGUGACGGUCAUGCUCGAUGCCAAAGGCGCUAGAGCACAUGCGGAUGAGCUUGCGCGAACGCUAUACUCUCUGCUCGUCGCGUGGAUCAUCGAGUCGUGUAACGAGCGCCUGUGCGCGGUCGAGGACUCAAUCGGCAACACGAUCUCGAUCAUCGACUUCCCCGGGUUCUCGCAGACUUCCUCUACCGGUAGCACUCUUGACCAGUUGCUCAACAAUGCGGCCACCGAGAGUCUGUACAACUUCUGUCUGCAAAGCUUCUUCGACAAGAAGGCUGAGCUUUUGGAGAACGAGGAGGUUUCCGUGCCGGCUACCAGUUACUUUGAUAACUCCGACGCCGUGCGUGGCUUGUUGAAGACCAGCAAUGGCUUGCUCAGCAUUCUUGAUGAUCAGACCAAACGAGGCCGUUCCGACGCUCAGCUCCUUGAGAGUCUCAAGAAGCGUUUCGACGCCAAGGGCAACCCUGCGAUCAGCAUCGGUGGUUCUUCACCUCUCCCAGGAGCGCAAUUCCAGUCGGCUGGCAACAGCUUCACGGUCAAGCAUUUUGCCGGUGAAGUCGAUUACCCCGUCACCGGCUUAAUCGAACAGAACAGUGAAAUCAUCUCCGCCGAUCUAAUGAACCUGUUCCGCGGAACGACCAGCUCUUUCAUCACCGACCUGUUCAGCAGUAAGGCUGUGACUACCAUAAAUCAUCCGCGCGAGAAGACGGCUAUCAUGCAAGGACAAAUCUCAUCUCGGCCGUUGCGGAUGCCCAGCGUCAUGAGGAAGAAGGGGGAGAAGCCAGGCCAGAAAUCCGAGGCUAAGGAAGCCACCUUAAUCGAACAGGGUGCUGCCGGUCAAUUUGUCGGUGCGCUGGACACGGUAACGAGGUCACUCACUGGCACGAAUACCAACCCAUACUUCAUCUUCUGUUUGAAACCUAACGACCGCCGGAUCGCCAACCAGUUCGAUUCCAAGUGUGUACGCACUCAGAUCCGGACUCUCGGUAUCGCGGAGAUUUCUCAGCGCGUGCGGAAUGCGGACUUUUCGGUGUUUCUGCCGUUUGGUGAGUUCUUGGGGCUCGCAGAGGCGGAUAGCAUUAUCGUUGGUAGUGAGCGGGAGAAAGCCGAAGUUGUGGUCGAGGAUAAAGGCUGGGAACCGAACGAGGCCCGCGUCGGAGCUACCGGUAUUUUCCUCAGCGAACGAUGCUGGUUCGAGGUCGCACAGCUUGGUGACUCGACGAAUACGCGAGCUGUCGGCGGCGGUGCUGCGUAUGCUGCUGACCCAGACGACGGAGGCAGUGGCCCGUUGACGCCAGUCGGCGAGACUGGUGGAGGUGGCGGUCUGUUUAGUGGCUCAGACUCCAGAGUGCGUCUAAUCCCCGGCCAAAGUCCCUCGGCUGGUCUAGGGUCUCACAUCUACGGCGCUGGUACGAAGCAGGGCUACUUCGCGAAAUCCGACGAUCUGCGGUCAGAAGCGGCGGCAUCGGCGUUCAAUCAAGGCGACAUGUUCCGCAACUUCGACACCCGCGAGCAAAUGGCAGAAAAGGGCAAAGCCGCGCGGGAAGAGGAGAUCGAGGAGUUGCCCGUAUCAGGUACGCGUAAACGGUGGAUGUUUGUCGUCUGGCUGUUUACGUGGUUCGUUCCGGACUUCUUGAUUCGCUGGCUCGGCCGUAUCAAGCGUAAAGACGUGCAACUUGCCUGGCGUGAAAAGUUUGCCAUCAACUUGAUGAUUUGGCUGUCGUGUGGUGUUGCGAUCUUCUUCCUCUUGGUUUUCCCCGAGUUGAUCUGUCCCAGACAAGACGUUUACUCACUCGCUGAGCUCUCCAGCCAUAAUGGAGGCAAGGAUCACACCGAAGACACUGCUUACACCGCUAUUCGGGGUGUAGUCUUUGAUCUCACCUCAUUCAUCCCGUCGCACUACCCGAACAUCAUCCCCGAUAAAUCUUACUGGAGCUACGCCGGAGUGGAUGCCACCAACCUUUUCCCCGUCCAAGUCUCGGCUCUGUGCGGUGGAGUUGACGGGACCGUUCACCCCGCAGUGCAGCUCUCCUACAAGGGCACCAACACCACGCAGGACACGACACUGGACAAGAAUGCCAAAUAUCACGAUUUCCGCUAUUUCACAAACGACUCACGGCCCGACUGGUUCUAUGAGCAGAUGAUGGUCAUGAGAGCUAAUUUCAAGAUGGGGGAUAUAGCAUAUUCCGCCAAGGAUGUUGCGAGGGCUGCAAAGAGCCAGGCCAAAGACAUGGCCAUCAUUGGAGAACGAGUCUAUGACAUGACUGUGUACAACAAGGGUGGGCGAAGAAUCAUUUUGCCGGCGGGCCAGGAGGAUACGGAUGUGUCGAGUAUCAACGUCGAUUUCAUGGAUCAGCAAGUGGCAGACCUCUUCUCUGGACGGGCCGGACAAGACAUCACCAAAUACUGGGAAACCCUCAACCUCAGCAAUGCUGUCAAGGAUCGUAUGAGGGUCUGUCUGAAUCGACUGUUUUAUGUCGGCAAACUCGACACAAGAAAUUCGGCACAAUGUCAAUUCGCGCGGUAUCUCCUCCUCGCCAUCACGAUCAUCCUCGUCUCGGUCAUCGCAUUCAAGUUUAUCGCUGCGCUUCAGUUCGGCAGGAAGAACAUGCCCGAGAAUCUCGACAAAUUCAUCAUGUGUCAGGUCCCGGCGUAUACUGAAGACGAAGAUUCUCUACGACGUGCUAUCGACUCCGUGGCCAGGAUGCGCUACGACGACAAGCGCAAACUUUUGAUUGUUGUUUGUGACGGUAUGAUUAUCGGACAAGGAAACGACCGACCCACCCCUCGCAUUGUUCUCGACAUUCUCGGUGUGCCGGAAUCAGUGGACCCGCAGCCCCUGAGCUUCGAGUCUCUGGGAGAAGGUCAAAAGCGGCACAACAUGGGCAAGAUUUACUCCGGACUGUACGAGGUGCAAGGACACAUCGUGCCUUUCCUGGUCGUAGUCAAGAUUGGAAAGCCAUCGGAGGUCUCCAGGCCUGGUAACCGAGGAAAGCGUGACUCUCAGAUGGUUAUCAUGCGAUUCUUGAACCGCGUACACUACAAUGAAGCCAUGAGCCCGCUCGAACUCGAGAUGCACCAUCAAAUUCGCAACAUCAUUGGGGUGAAUCCCACUUUCUACGAGUUUAUCCUGCAGAUCGACGCCGAUACCGUUGUCGCUCCGGACUCUGGCACUCGAAUGGUGGCUGCUUUCCUAGCAGAUACCCGAAUCAUCGCUCUCUGCGGAGAGACUGGUCUCAACAAUGCGAAGCACUCGUUCGUUACCAUGAUCCAGGUCUACGAAUACUUCAUUUCCCACAACCUUGCGAAGGCCUUCGAAAGUUUGUUCGGUUCGGUAACCUGUUUGCCUGGUUGUUUCUCGAUGUACCGCAUUCGCGCAGCCGAAACCGGAAAGCCCCUGUUCGUCAGCCGUGAGGUUGUUGAGUCCUACGCCGAGAACCGUGUCGAUACGCUGCACAUGAAGAACUUGCUCCACUUGGGUGAGGAUCGAUACCUGACGACUCUGCUCUUGAAACAUCAUGCUUCGUACAAGACCAAGUUCAUCUUUGACGCCCACGCCUGGACCGUUGCUCCUGACUCCUGGGCCGUCUUCUUGUCCCAACGUCGACGAUGGAUUAACUCGACCAUCCACAAUCUUGCUGAGCUGGUACCCAUGCAGCAGCUUUGCGGUUUCUGCUGUUUCUCUAUGCGCUUCGUUGUCUUCCUCGACUUGCUCAGUACUAUCCUCGCCCCCGUCACGGUCGGUUAUCUCGGAUACCUCAUCUACAUGGUUGCAAGCAGCUCGGACCUGGUACCCAUGAUGGCGUUCGUCCUGCUCGCCGCCGUCUACGGUCUGCAAGCUAUCAUCUUCAUCAUGCGAAGAAAGUGGGAGAUGAUUGGAUGGAUGAUUCUGUACAUCAUUGCCAUUCCCGUCUUCAGUUUCGCGCUUCCGCUAUACUCGUUCUGGCACAUGGACGAUUUCUCGUGGGGUAACACUCGUGUCGUCACCGGAGAGAAGGGACAGAAGAUCGUCAUCUCCGAGGAGGGCAAGUUCGACCCCGCCAGCAUCCCUCGCAAGAAGUGGGAAGACUACCAGGCGGAACUCUGGGACCAGCAGACGCAGCGCGGCCACGACGACACUCGCUCCGAAGUAUCCGGUUACUCGUACGGCACCAAGUCGUACGCUCCCACCUCGGAGUACGGCUUUGGCGGUAACGGCGGCGGAAUGCCUCCCGGCUACGCUAGCCGCCCGAUGUCGACGUUCGAGCUCCCGAUCCCGCAGCAACAUGGCCGCAUGUCCAUGGCGCAGUCCGACAUGAUGAGCCAGCGCAGCGGUGCUUACGGCGUCGAGAUGGAGAUGUUGGAUCUGCCGUCCGAUGAUGCCCUCCUCGCUGAGAUCAGGGAUAUCCUCCGCACCGCCGAUCUCAUGACCGUCACGAAGAAGAGCAUCAAGGCGGAGCUGGAAAUGAGGUUUGGAAUGAACUUGAAUGCGAAGAGGACUUACAUCAACUCUGCUACGGAAGCAAUCCUGGGCGGUAAUCUAUAGACAACAGGGCGUUUUUUUCCUCUUUUUUCCUUUACUUUUCUUGGUUGUAAUUGAUGGUCGAUUGAUGGUUGAUGGGCGGGAGGGGCGGACGGGAGUGUGGUACGAAAUGAAAGGUAUAAAAAGGGAUGCUGUCAAG